CUUUGUUGAUGGUCCCUAAAUAUUAGCUUUCACGUCAAAUCCGAACCCAGUUUCAUAAUCCAACGGAAUCGGUCAAAUAAAACCUGUGCAAUGCUGUACACCUUUUUUCUUUCAUAAAGAGCCUAACCUGAGUUAUGUAGGUCAAGUCGUUUGCGAGCUGUUGAAGUUUAAACGUCCGAAUGUCUGGCCAACAUCGAAUCUCAAACCAAUUUUACCACGGUGCCACACCUUGGCAAAACCAGCGCAGCGCAGAAAAAAAACAAACAAUAUCACAGUGGAUUAUGACAAUUUCGGAUGUAUUUUGUGUGAUAAUAAAUAGGGACGUCUCUGCGCAGCCUAUCGGAUUCCAGGAUGAAAUAUGCAUCCAGAUGAAAAGACUGCAGUCCUUUCGCUAAUCCUUGUCUAUCCUUCUUAUCUCGGGACUCAUAGCAGUCUGAUCGCUAUGGGACAGCGAAGCCGUGGGACAAAACCGUGCAAAUGAUAUUUCAGUAAAUGACAAACGCAGGUCUGUUUGGCUUCAGUGGGUGCUGACUGGGUGCAUGCAGGCUAGCUGUUCAGUGCACGCAUAAAAGUGGGCCAAAAUGUUCCUCGCAUUCGUCUUGGGACUCUACCUGGCGACAGGUGCGCUACCCCCCUCGGUGAGCGCGUGCCCGUCACAGUGUAGCUGUUUUUUUCACAACCUAAGUGAUGGAUCUAUGGCCAGGAGUGUAAUUUGCAAUGACCCCGAGAUCUCCAUUGUGCCUGCCAGUUUCCCCGUGGACACGUCCAAGCUGCGAAUCGAGAAAACAGCCAUCCAUCGUAUCCCGAGCGAAGCCUUCAGUUACCUCCCCAAUCUGGAGUUCCUCUGGAUGUCCUUCAAUGUGCUGUCCUCUCUCAAGCCGGACAGUUUCCGUGGGAUGUUAAAUCUGGAGGAGCUGCGACUGGAUGGGAAUGCCCUCACCGCGUUCCCCUGGGAGUCUCUUAUGGAUAUGUCCAGCCUCACGCUGCUCGACUUGCACAACAACCAGUUGACCUCAGUUCCCGCAGACGCCACAAUUUAUUUAAAAAACCUGACCUACCUGGAUCUGUCCAGCAACAACCUUCUGACUGUUCCGGCUGAGGUGCUCGCCACCUGGCUAACAGUUAAACCUGUGCAGGGCCCAGAGAACUCCAAAAUGAUACUUGGUCUCCAUGACAACCCCUGGCUGUGUGACUGCCGCCUGUAUGACCUGGUCCAGUUCCAGAAGUUGCCAACGUUCUCUGUGGCAUUAAUCGACACACGCCUCCGCUGUGCAGCUCCCGAGAGCCUGUCAGGUGUUCUGUUCAGCGAUGCCGAGCUGCGGAGGUGCCAGGCGCCACGCGUCCACACAGCGGUGGCACACGUCCGCAGCGCGGUAGGAAACAACGUGCUGCUGCGCUGCGGGACCAUUGGCGUUCCCAGCCCGGAUCUGGCCUGGCGCAGGGCGGAAGGGAAAGCCCUGAACGGGACAGUCCAGCAGGAGAACUCCAAGGAAGGCAUUAUCUGGUCCAUCCUCAGUGUCCCAGCCGUGUCCUACCGUGACUCAGGGAAGUAUGUCUGCAAGGCCACUAACUACGCCGGAAAUGCAGAGACCAUCAUCUCCCUGGUUGUCUCUGACGCUCCCCCAAAACCCGACAAUAACAACAACCAAACCAGCGUGGUUGCUGCUACUGUAAAAAAAAACAAAGUCAACAAACCCAACGGGAUGGGGAAGGCAGCAUACCAGGAGAAACUGGUGGAUAGGUUAGUGGUUCCCACCCCCAACCCUCAACCCCCACCUGCUGUUGUGGACUCCAGCCCUGAGCCUGAAGGUGUGGUAGUGGGAAGUGUGGCAGAUAGAGCCACCCCUGGACCAGCCAAGUUGCCCAGUCCAGACGGACUCCUGGAGCUGGAGAAGACCAACCUGAGCAACCUGGCCCAGGCCCAGUAUGACCCGGACCGGAUAGUUCGCUCGGUCAAGGUGUUGGGCGAUACGGAGAACACCAUCACCCUGAACUGGCGGGCGCCCAAGGCCAAGAACACCACAGCCUUCAGUGUGCUCUAUGCCGUCUUCGGCGAAAGAGACAUGCGCAAGAUCAACGUGGCAGCGGGUCAGAAUCGGGUCUUCAUCGAGGGCCUGGUGCCCAAGACUAAGUACAUUGCCUGCGUGUGUGUCCGGGGCCUGAUCCCCAAGAAGGAGCAGUGUGUCAUCUUCUCCACCGACGAGGCGGCCAGUGCCGCUGGGACCCAGAAGCUCAUCAACGUCAUCGUGAUUACCGUGGCUUGUGUCAUUGCUGUGCCACUCACCGUAAUUGUCUGCUGUGGUGCGCUCAAGAGGCGCAUCCAGAAGAUUUGGGGCAAGAAGUCCAAGGACAUCCAGGACUCGUAUGUGACUUUUGAGACGCUGUCCCCCGGAACCAAGGCUAAAGGGUUGGAGGGUGAGUACCUGACCAGACUCAACCCUGAGGAGUCCAACCGGCUGCUGUCGGCCCGAUCCAGUUUGGACUCUGAGGCCACGGCAAAGAUAGAGGGUCAGCCCAACGAGUACUUCUGCUGACUUCAUGCUCCAGCUCCUUCCCCAUGCCAUCUCCCACACUUGCACCCUCUGGCUCAACACAUCUCCACACACACAACUCCUCUACAGCAUAGCCCCAGACACACACAUCAUCCCCAUCAUAGCCCCAGACACACACAUAAUCCCCAUCAUAGCCCCACACACACACAUCAUCCCCAUCAUAGCC